AUGAUACCUUAUUUUUUUUCGAGCGGGCUGAAACCUCCCCUUUCCAAAAAGGGGAACUUAAUCUCUCGGCGUCGUUGGCAAGCUGCGGACCCACAGGUCAGAGACGAGCUGGGCGAAGCCGCGCGGAAAGUGGUGAUUCAUCAUACGGCACUGUGGACCUGUACCAAACCAAGCGAAUGCCAAGCUCAACUCACCUACAUACAGAAAAUGCACAUGGAGGAUCGCGGUUUCAGUGACAUUGGAUACAAUUUUCUGAUUGGAGGAGAUGGGGCUGUAUAUGAGGGGAGAGGCUGGGGAAUUAUUGGGGCGCAUGCAAAGACACACAAUCUCGACUCUGUGGGCAUUGCUUUCAUGGGCAACUUCAACGAUGAAUUCCCCAGCCCUGCGGCCCUCUCAUCACUACAAAGACUGUUAUACAGCGGGGUGGCUCAAGGACACUUGUACUCUAAUUUUGUACUGUUAGCGCACAGAGACUUGGCACACACCGAGUGUCCAGGGGAACACUUGUAUUCUUCUCUACAAAGACUUAAGUCUCAAAGAGCACACCAUAUGUGUUGUGUUGAUUGUGUACCGGCUGUGGGAUGUUAG